UUUCAGGCGAUGCUGCCAGCGUGACGUAUAAUCUAGUGGACGGUUCUUCAGAAAUAGCUCGUCAACAACCUCGGUAGCUUGAUAGCCAACAUAGCCGAAAGAUUCAAGCUAUUUAUACGCUUUCGGUGUAUAUUAGCUACUGUGUUUUAGACACAGUUCUGUCGUAUCUAAUUGUUAACCUAUUUAAUUUAAUAUUAACGUUACAUUAUUUUGUAUUAGUCAGCUAUAGUAGCUGGCUGGUUAAGUUAGCAUUAGCCUAGUCGUUAAUGAUAUCUAGCUAGCUAACAUCCCCGAACAUGAGCUCCCUAAACAUCUCCCCUCCUGUUAAAGAAGAGGAGGUCUGCUGGACGGAGAAAGAAGCUCUGGGGCUGAACAUUGUCGUGAAAGAGGAGAAGGAAGAAGAGGAUGUCACAGUAAAACAAGAAGUAGAGGGUGAGGCUGUUACUGUGAAAAAAGAAGAGAAAGACGUUACAGUGAAAGAAGAGGAAGAGAAAGAGGAGGAUGUAGUUUUUGGAGUGAAGAUGGAAGGGGAGAUUACUGUCACAUUGAAAGAUGAAGAGGUGGAGAUAGGAGAUCUGAUUAACACCAGAAAGAGACGGGACUACCGUGGGUCAUCUGGGAAGCCUCAACAACCUCAUGAUGCUGACGAGGCAGAGAAGAGUCUCUACAGAUCAGAACACGUCAAGAAACACCAGCGGAGAUCCACAGGGAAGGGAACUCACUGCUGCUCUGACUGUGGGAAGAGAUUCACCUCAUCAGGCAUUAAAAUUCAUCAGAGAAUCCACACAGGAGAGAAACCUUACGGCUGUGAUCAAUGUGGGAAGAGUUUUGUUCAAUACAGCCAUCUGAAGAUACACCAGAGAACACACACAGGAGAGAAACCUUUUAGCUGUACUGAAUGUGGUAAGAGUUUUAGUCAUUCAACCAGCCUGAUACCACACCAGAGAACACACACAGGAGAUAAUCCUUAUAGCUGUGAUCAAUGUGGGAAGAGUUUUACUCAACUAAGCAUCCUGAUAUCACACCAGAGAACACACACAGGUGAGAAAUCUUACAGCUGUGAUGAAUGUGGGAAGAUUUUUACUACAUCUAGAAAUCUGACUCUACACCAGAGCAUACACACAAGAGAGAAAUCUUUUAGCUGUACUCAAUGUGGGAAGAGUUUUCUUCAAUAUAGCCAUCUGAAGAUACACCAGAGAACACACACAGGAGAGAAACCUUUUAGCUGUACUGAAUGUGGGAAGAGUUUUAGUCAUUCAACCAGCCUUAUAUCACACCAGAGAACACACACAGGAGAAAAACCUUAUAGCUGUGAUCAAUGUGGGAAGAGAUUUACUCAGCUAAGCAUCCUGAUAUCACACCAGAGAACACACACAGGCGAGAGACCUUAUAGCUGUUCUCAAUGUGGGAAGAGUUUUACUCAGCUAAGCAACCUGAUUUCACACCAGAGAACACACACAGGAGAGAAACCGUUUAGCUGUGAUGAAUGUGGGAAGAUUUUUACUACAUUUAGAAAUCUGACUCGACACCAGAGAAUACACACAGGAGAGAAACCUUUUAGCUGUACUCACUGUGGGAAGAGUUUUACUCAGCAAAGCAACCUGAUAUCACACCAGAGAACACACACAGGAGAGAAACCCUAUAGCUGUGAUCAAUGUGGGAAGAGUUUUACUCAGCUAAGCAACCUGAUAUCACACCAGAGAACACACACAGGAGAGAAACCCUAUAGCUGUGGUCAAUGUGGGAAGAGUUUUGCUACAUCUGGGCAGCUGACUAUACACCAGAGAACACACACAGGAGAGACAUCCUGUAGCUGAAGUCCAUGUUGGAAAAGUUUUACUCAGUCCAACAGCCUGGUACAACACCAGAGAACACACAUGAUAUCAAUGAAUUACUGUCAAUGUUUUAACAUUGUACUAGGAGUAUUUUAAUCAUGUCACAAUGUAGAAGCCUAAAUGUUUGCCCCCUUAUCAAUUGAUAUCAACAUGAUAUGGAUAUUAGCUUUCGGGGGGAAAAUCCAGGCUCUGAAUUGAAAGUUGUGUUACACUUACCACGUUGGUGACCCACUGCAGUUUAUAAGGAGCUUGUUUAAAAAAUACAGAUGUGGCAGAUGUUUGUGUAUAUAGCACAUGUUAUGUUUAGGUUUUCAAUUUAUCCCAAACUGUUUCUGUGUAUUGGUUAUUGAUUUGGACACGUUAACACUGGUUUGACAUCGUGCUUUCCCACCGAGCAAAAUGUCAUUGAAAAGAAGACUAUGCCCGACGUCCAAUAUACGUUCGGUUGAAAAUAUGUAUUUUGGGGUAAUUUUUUUCAAUGACUUGAAAAUAACUUAAUUUCAACUUACUUGCAGGUAUCCUAGUGGUUAGAGCGUUGGGCUGUCAUUGUAAGCCAGAAUUUGUUCUUAACUGACUUAUUUACAAUGACGGCCUACCAGGGAGCAGUGGGUUAACUGCCUUGUUUAUGUGCAGAAUGACAGCUUUUUACCUUGUCAGCUCGGGAUCCAGUCCAGCAACCUUUCGGUUCCUGUUAAAUGAAGGUUAAAAUAAAUAAAUAAAUACACAUGGACACAGUAUAAUAAAUUGGUCUAUAAUAAAUGUUAUUAACCAUCUUUCUUGACAACA